UAUCACACUAACACUCCGUGCAGCGUGAACUGGUUUAGGCUUAAGAGUUAAGACCAAGGCUCAAUGUUACUUCCCUUGGAAGGACAAAAUUAAAAUUAAAAUAAAAUAAAACAAAUAAAAAAAAAGCCCCUUUUUUCUCCUUCGUCUCCGCUGCAUCUGAGAGAAAGAGAAAGAGAGAGAGAGAGAGAGAGAGAGGUAUAAUAGUGAACAACACAAACAAUGGCGCGUGCGGGGGGGAUAACGAACCCGGUGAACGUGGGGAUCGCCGUGCAAGCGGAUUGGGAGAACCGCGAGUUCAUCUCCAACAUCUCCCUCAACGUUCGCCGCCUCUUCGACUUCCUCCUCCACUUCGAGGCCACGACAAAGAGCAAAUUGGCGUCUCUAAACGAGAAGCUCGACGUCCUAGAGCGGCGGCUCGAGGUGCUCGAAGUCCAAGUGAGCAGCGCGACGACCAACCCCUCUGUUUUCACAUAAGAAGCGUGUGUAAAUGUCUUACUAGAUCGUAGCGGAGUAUAUGGACAUAUUACUGUAAUGCGCGAUUUUCGUUCCCUGUAUCUUUUACUUUGAUCACUGAUGAUAACUGAGCUGUUGAUGAUGAGAUGCUCAUGUGGAGUUUAUGAGUCCAGUACAACACUUGUUCAUGUCUAUCUUGUUGAGUUGGUAAUGUUCUGAAUUUAGUUCAGUGGCCAAUUGUAUUCUCUCUUGGUUUUUGCUA